GUGGGUACUAUUACUGCGCCCGACGCUUAAGCACUUUGCCUCCCCUCUCACCACACAGGAGGCUUCCGGAAAGCCCUAGCCAGAUCGACAUGGCAUCCCCGUCGCCGUCGCCGUCGCCGGACUGGGCCGGCCUCCCUGACGAUGCUCUGCUUACAGUGUUCGAGCGCCUGGGCGCGCCGGAGGUGCUCAUGGGCGCCGGAGUCGUGUGCCGCAACUGGCUCCGCGUCGCCACCGGCGAGCCCGACCUCUGGCGCCGUGUUGACCUGUCCGACUGCUUCGACCCCACCAUCGACAUGGUGGCCAUGGCGUGCGCGGCCGUCGACCGCGCUGACGGCCGCCUCGAGCACUUCGCCGCCGAUUGUUUCGUCACCGACGCGCUGCUCUUCUACAUGGCCAAGAGAACUAAUGGGUUGAAAAGCCUUCGGCUAGUUAACUGCAUGAAAGUCUCACACAAAGGCUUGGUUGCUCUGGGCAAGAGAUCUCCCCAUCUCGAGGAACUUGAGCUUACUACCUGCUCCAUCUAUAUUUCAAUGAAGGCUGUUGGCCAAGCAUUCCCACAGCUGAAGCGGCUGCGCCUGAACAACCGGUGGGUCAAUGUUGAGUGUGAAGAACAGUUCGAUAACCACCGUGCCCUCGACAUCGCCAGCAACAUGCCUGAGCUACGUCACCUUCAGCUCUUCGCCAAUCGGCUCCGCAACAGUGCACUUGCUGCAAUACUUGACAACUGCCCCCACCUCGAGUCCCUUGAUCUGCGCCAGUGCUUCAACAUCCACAUCGAUGCAGAGCUGCGAGCGAAGUGCGCAAGGCUUAGAGACGUGAGGCUACCCAAGGACUCGACCAAUGACUACGAUCACGAGGCGUACAUUGAGACGCUCGAGCUUAAUUCCCUUCCACUUCUUUUUGCCCACGAUGGUGUUUUUACGCAGCAAUACCCCUUCCAUGGAUCUGACCACAGUGAUGAGGACGAUCAGGAAGAUCUGGAUGUAGCUCUUGGUCAUUUGGCUUUAUGAUAGGUGGCUACCAAUGGGCAUGGGCUGAUCGAUGGCAACUCAAGAGAAGUUCACAAUGGUCAUCUGGAGUCCUGUUUGUGGCACGUGUCGAACAUGUCGUGUGUGUAUGUCUUCCAUGAUAAGAAGGCGCGCUGGGUUCGUUUCCUUUUUGUGUUGGGAAUUUUGCUAGCCUUGUCUUCUCCUUUGUAAACAGUAUGUACCUUACAUUUACUAAAGAACAAUAUGUGCCUUAUUA